CUGGCACGAGAGUGACAAUUUUUGAAAGAAAGAGAAAAAAAGUUGGCUGCAUUUUCCCAUUUUUGCAAUUCCUAGACAUGGAAAACGAUGUAUUAGAUGCUCUAGAAGACUUGGGCUAUAAUGGGUCAAUGUUAGAAGAAGAAGGUCUUGUCAAAGCUGUGGAGGGUAAUGACUUGUCUUUUGACUUCAUGUCUCUCUGCGUUUGGAUUAUAAAGGAAUUGAAGAAAGUUUGCAAGCUAGGAGAAACUCUUACAGAGACAGAAGACCAGGAGACAUUCAAACUAGAAAUGAGUGGUCUACUAAAUGAAUUGGGGAACCCACACCCAGAUUUAUCAGGAGUGAAUGGCUUAGACUCUGUUCAUAACCGAUUGCUUUUGCUUGAUUACUUGACGUCAGAGCUCCAGGCAUGUAGAAUGCUUGGAGGUGUAAGUGAAGGGAAAAUGGAGAUUGAUCAUCAGGUUAUGUGUCCAACUUUACAACAAGUACGGUCAAUCCUUUCAGUACUUGAAUUACCACCACCAGGAAAAGAUGCCACUGUCUUCUCUCUUUUCUCACAAAUUGAGAAUAAAGUUCGUCAGAUGCUGACAACGUUACCAAAAGAUCACCUCGGAGAACCACUGCUAAAGAAAAGACUAAGUGAAAAUCAAUGGAGCAAAGUAGAACAAAUCAACACUCAACUGAAUAGUGAGUACUCCCUCAGGCGUCAAAUGUUGCUCAAGAGAUUAGAUGUGACAGUUCAGUCAUUUGGUUGGUCAGAAAAAGCCAAGACAAAAAAAGAUGAAAUGAUUGCAACAUUUCAACCUUUGCGAAAGUCCAUGAAUUCAUUAUCAACAGUCAAUGUCGCUGAUGCAAUUGCUUCCAGAACAGAUUUGUUGCAACAACCAAGAACAAGUGCUGGUCAUGUGCGUGAGAAAACCAAAUGUCCUAUCAACAGAGUGUUAAUGGGAACAGUACCAGAUCGUGGUGGAAGGCCGUCAACGAUGAAUCCACCUCCCCCAGAAAUGCCGUUUUUCAGGAAAAGGCAGGACGCUCCUAAGGACCAAAGACCUUACAGUGGUCGUGGAGGGGGAGGAGGCGGCAGGGGUGGUAGAGGUGGCAGAGGAAGGGGUAAUAAAGUCCAAGGAGGCUGGUCUGGUGGUGGAGGUCAAGGUGGUGGCCACGGCUGGGGAGGAGGUGGAGGGAAAGGUGACAGAGGCAAAAACUUUCUGGGUGGGGAUAACAAAGGGUAUGGUAAAGAUGAAUACUAUAGUUAAGUGAAAUUAAAAAUUAUUGCUAAAAGGCUGCAUUGGUGUUAAUGAAUUGCUAGGAAAAUUAUGUAAAAAGAAAACAAAAAUAAAAAUAUUUUUUGAGCCAA